CGACGUUAUUUCUGAAUGAGUAUUGCAUUAUUUCAAAAUGAGUACCACGUUUUUCAAGUUAACUCUUAUAUUUGUGCGAGACUACUUACCAACUCCAAACCUUCUUGUCCAAGCAUAUCUGAAUUUUUUCAUCAAUGGCUACUUCUACCUUCUUCUCCGGCGCAUUCUCUGCCGCCGCUCCUAAGUCGAUUCGUCUGCGAGGCAUUGUGUUCGACAUGGACGGAACCCUUACCGUUCCCGUCAUCAACUUCCCGGCAAUGUACAAGGCCGUUCUGGGCGAGGAAGAAUACAGUGACAUCAAGUCGAAGAACCCUUCCGGCGUCGACAUUCUCCACCACAUUGAGAGCUGGAAUCCUGACAGAAAGCGGCGCGCAUACGAGAUUAUUGCUGAUUUUGAGAAGCAAGGCCUGGAUCGUCUACAAAUCAUGCCGGGUUUGCCCAGUUUGCCCCAAAACUAUCUUUCUAGGUGCAUCAGAGCUUUGUAGUUUUCUCGAAUCAAGGAAUAUCAGAAGGGGAUUAAUUACUCGAAAUGUUAAAGCUGCCGUUGAUUUGUUUCAUCAACGCUUUGGGAUGACAUUUGCUCCUGCACUGAGUAGGGAAUUUCGUCCCUGUAAACCAGAUCCAGCCCCAUUGCUGCAUAUCUGUAAGACUUGGGGUAUGCAGCCAAAUGAAGUCAUGAUGAUAGGAGAUAGCCUUAAAGAUGACGUUGCAUGUGGGAAACGAGCUGGAGCGUUUACCUGCUUGCUUGAUGAAACAGGGAUGUACGAUUCUCCAGAAUACGCAAGUGUUGAGUUCCAACCAGAUCACAAGGUUUCUUCUCUUCUGGAAGUUCGAACUGUGCUAGGCACACAUUUCGACCUCACGCCGUGAUUUGGGAAUUAAGGUGGCUUUGUCUAGGAAAUAGGCAUCGAGUGCAACGUCAAAGAUUAUUGUUCUAAUAUAUGUUUGUAACUUCAUCAUACAUAGCUCGCAACGGUAGAAACAAAAGCAGACCUGCUUGCUCAGUUUAGGACUGCAAGGAAUCACUCAGAGCAGAACGUUUAAUAUGGGGUAACAAUUUUUUCUCCACUUCUUGAUGGUUUAUUUAAGACACGAUGUAUUUUGAAUCUUCCCCCUACUCAUUCUGAAUUGACUGAUAUUGCGUGAACAUGAUUUCAG